AUGGAGGAGCUGAGCAGCGUCGGGGAGCAGGUCUUCGCCGCCGAGUGCAUCCUGAGCAAGCGGCUCCGUAAGGGGAAGCUGGAGUACCUGGUGAAGUGGCGAGGAUGGUCCUCCAAACACAACAGCUGGGAGCCAGAGGAAAAUAUCCUUGAUCCAAGACUGCUCCUAGCCUUCCAGAAGAAGGAGCAUGAUAAAGAAGUGCAGAAUCGGAAGAGAGGCAAGCGUCCGAGGGGCAGACCGAGGAAGCAUGUGGUGGUGUCAGCUUGUAGCAGGCGCUCCAAGAUCAAGGAACCGGAUAUGCCAUCAAAAUCAAAAUCCAGCAGCUCUUCAUCUUCCUCCACCUCUUCUUCCUCCUCUGAUGAAGAUGAUGACAGUGACUUGGAGGCUAAGAGAGGUCCCCGGGGCCGAGAGACCCAUCCAGUACCUCAGAAAAAAGCUCAGAUCUUGGUGGCUAAACCUGAGGUGAAGGAUCCCAUCAGAAAAAAGAGGGGUCGCAAACCUCUUCCCCCAGAACAGAAGGCAGCUAGGAGACCUGUGAGCCUGCCAAAGGGGCUGAAAGCUACCCGAAAGGAUUUGGGACCAUCAAGCAAACUGCCGUCCUCACUCACUGCCCCUGUGGCAAGCCUCACUGCCCUCAAAGCCCAUGCCAAGGAGACCUCUGGUGGCCCCAGUGGCUCAUCUACCACUGAGAACUUGACCAGCCUGAUGAAGAGCAUGGCCGACAGCCCCAGUCAAGGAAGUAUCAGCUGGCAGAGCUCCAUCAUGCACUACAUGAACAGAAUGACACAGAGCCAAGCUGAGGGACCCAACAGAUUGGCACUGAAGGCCCAGGCCUCUAAUAAGUGUGGCUUGGGAUUGGACCUGAAAGUGAGAAGCCAGAAGGGGGAGCUAGGACUCAGCAUUCCAGGAGCCAGAACCAUUACAGCCCCUAGCACCGGGAGUGUCGAACAGAAGUCAGGUAGGACCCCAACCCUACACAAUGGGGGCAAGGUAGGGCCGACCUCCAUUGGCACUCAACCAGCUUCAAACCAAGAGCUGAACCUCCAGGCUUUGAACUUGCAGAGCAUGAAAAAUGGAGCCGCAGGGGGUGCUGUGCUUCCCCUAUAUCCCACAGCUGCCAACCUGAAAACCACCAGUAAUAUCAACCCCACUGCUGUCAAGGGAGUGGGGAGUGGUACCCCCAGAGGGGCCGGAGUGCUCCCUGACACCAACAAAGGUGAGAAACUGGUAGCAAGGGGUGCGGUUGUUGCUACCUCUGGAAGCAAGAGGGACACAAUGAAAAGCAAUUCCAAACCCACUGGGCAAGAGAGCCACCUGGUUGCAGGUGAGACCCGAAAGACAACAGCCAUGUCAGAGAUGAGCACUGGCGAGGAAAGCAGUAGCACUGACUCAGAACGAGACUCGGCCUCUUUCCCAGGCGCCACAGGACAGAACCUGUCUGUCUCCAUUCAAACCAGCCAGGACUGGAAACCAACCAGAAGCCUUAUUGAGCAUGUCUUCGUCACAGAUGUGACUGCCAACCUUAUCACAGUGACUGUGAAAGAGUCCCCAACCAGUGUUGGCUUCUUCAACCUGAGACAUUACUAA